GUAGGAUUUUCCAUGCCGCAGGGUAUCGUAGCCUGUAUAUAGGAAGCAGGAGACCCAUGUGUUGUUUAUAUGCACUUUUGUGUCCGAAGCCAGCCGAUUAAUACAGAACCAUCUUUAGCUGACGUCUCUUCAAAACAGAAAUCAUGUCUGACGGUUACAUUUCUAAUGCCAGAGAGGCUGUCCUUAAGCCUAGUUGCGAACUCCCGGAGGACACGCUAAAGAUCAGGGGCUACGACUUCAACCAGGGGGUUGAUCUCCAGGCAGUGAUGGACUCCUUCAUCACCACAGGCUUCCAGGCCAGCAGCUUGGGAUUGGCUAUCCAAGAGAUAAACCAAAUGAUAGAGAAGCGUCUUGAGCCAGUGGAGGAGGGUGAGGGAAAAGUGACGGAUGAAUAUCGCAGCAAGGCGGGCUGCACCAUCUUCCUGGGUUACACCUCCAACCUCAUCAGCUCUGGAAUCAGAGAGAGCAUUCGCUACCUGGCUGAGCACAAAAUGGUAGAUGUGAUUGUAACCACAGCUGGAGGCAUAGAGGAGGAUUUCAUUAAGUGUAUGGGUAACACAUACCUGGGAGAUUUCAACCUGUCUGGCAAGGAACUCCGCCUAAAGGCCAUCAACAGGAUAGGGAAUCUGUUGGUGCCCAAUGACAACUACUGUAAGUUUGAGGACUGGCUGAUGCCCAUCCUGGAUCAGAUGCUGUUGGAGCAGAACGAACAGGGGACCCAUUGGACUCCCUCAACAAUGAUCCAUCGCCUUGGCAAGGAGAUCAAUAAUACUGAAUCUGUUUACUACUGGGCGUACAAGAAUAACAUUCCUGUGUUCAGUCCGGCACUGACGGACGGCUCUCUGGGUGACAUUCUCUACUUCCACUCUUUUAAGAAGCCGGGCUUAAUUUUGGACAUUGUGGAAGAUAUUCGCAGGAUGAACGGCCAGGCAGUGUUUGCCAAAAGGACGGGAAUGAUCAUCCUGGGAGGAGGGCUGGUCAAACAUCACAUAUGCAAUGCUAAUCUUAUGAGAAAUGGGGCUGACUACGCUGUGUUUGUGAACACGGGUCAGGAGUUCGAUGGCUCUGACUCUGGAGCCAGGCCUGACGAGGCUGUGUCCUGGGGCAAGAUCAGGGUGGAUGCCAAACCUGUGAAGGUGUAUGCAGAUGCCUCUCUGGUCUUCCCUCUAAUCAUGUCCCAGACCUUCGCUACCCACGCCGACAAGUUGAUUGGCGGCAAGAAAACUGAGCGGCAAGAAAACUGAUCGGCAAGAAAAAUAUGUUUCCCCACCCCCCGAAAAUGCUUUAUUAGAAGCAACCACCAUGUGCUGAUAUAAGUUAGACCUUAUAAAAUCUCUGUUGACAAUUUAAAGAAACAGCAUUAUAUACAAUGCUGAAGUUGAAAACUUUAUUUAUUGGGACUCGGUGGUGAACGGUUUCCUAACAUUAGUUUAUGUUAAAAGAAGCCUUUUUUUUCUCUAUUCAAAUAGUUGAAAUAGUAUGGGGUAGCAGGCUAUUGCAUGUACCAAAGAGACUGUCCAGAAUGCAUCAGGUUUUAGCUGUGUGUGUGCGGGUUUGAGUGUGUGUGUUUUAAUAGAAACACACGUUAUUUAAGAGUUAUGAUUUAUUGAUGUUUUAUUGUGGAAUGGUUCACUGUCCUAUCACUUGUAUAUUACCUCAUUGCUUCUCAGUUUUAUCCUUACUUUCACUGUUACAGGUGGAAAUAUGUGUGACUUUAAUAAAUCAUAAAUAAAUAUUUCAGUCCCAUUUUUAAAA